AUGCAAAGAGCUUCACGGCUGAAGAGGGAGCUCUCCCUCCUGACCACAGAGCCACCUCCCGGCAUCAGCUGCUGGCAGACUGAAAACCAGCUGGAUGACCUCCGGGCACAAAUCUUAGGAGGUGCAGACACACCGUAUGAGAAAGGAAUAUUCGACCUGGAAAUAGUUGUUCCUGAAAGGUACCCCUUUGAGCCCCCGAAGAUUCGCUUUCUGACCCCCAUCUAUCAUCCUAACAUCGACUCUGCCGGAAGGAUUUGCCUGGAUGUUCUUAAAUUACCACCAAAGGGUGCGUGGAGACCUUCCCUGAACAUCUCCACGCUGCUGACCUCCAUCCAGCUGCUGAUGGCCGAGCCCAACCCCGACGACCCUCUCAUGGCAGACAUCUCCUCGGAGUACAAGUACGACAGGCAGCUCUUCUUGCGCACCGCCAGAGAGUGGACCGAGAAACACGAGCCAGCAGAGGAGGGUGAGGAACGCGCUCCGCUUCCUCGGCUGGGCGCAGCUCCGUCUGCAAACAGCCCUUCUGCUCUCAG